UAAAGCUCAGUGGGACUGCUGGGGGAUUUAUUUUUAGAGGGUCUAUCAGCAUCCUUUGGAUGUGGCUGUAGAUUGACAGGACAAGUGUGGCCAGCAGGAUGAAGGAAGGAGGUCCUGGAUAGACCACGCACCCCCACCCGCUGACCCAACAUUCCAAUAAAGAGAGAUAGAGCUGUUCUUGCUUCCUCACGCCCCCUUUUGCUCUCCCAACACUUCACAUGCUCAUGGCCAUGUGUAUCUGCGCUCGCCUCUCAGGACUGACAGAAGCUCGGCUGGCAGUCUGGGCCACAGAGGAGGACUGAACAUCCAGGGAUGGGAUGAGACUUGAUAGAAACCAAGAAAUAUUAAAAGAGACACAGGAACAACAUAAGAAAAAUGGUUGCAGAGGAGGUAGUGGUGACCCUCUCAGGAGGUGCACCGUGGGGUUUCCGAUUACAAGGAGGAGCUGAGCACCAGAAUCCCCUCCAAGUGGCAAAGGUGAGGAAGCGCAGUAAGGCCUGCAGGGCUGGGCUCAGAGAGACUGAUGAGCUGGUGUCAAUCAAUGAUGUGUCCUGUGGAACACUAUCUCAUGCUGAGGCUAUGAAUCUGAUUGAUAGUGGCAGAGGAACCCUCCAUCUGCGAAUCAAAAGAUCGGGGGCCCCAGCUGCGUAUCAGUCAGUGGUGCUUCUGGGUCGGGCCCCCUCUCCCCGCAUUGAUAAGGAGUACCGGGCAGCCUUUAGAGCACUGUCCCCUCCACUUACCUCUAAACCGCCCGGUGUCAACCGAGCAUCGCUCAUGUCCCCCACCGGCGGCCUAGAGUGGCUUGCAUCCCCUCCAGACAGUGAAGCUUACUACGGCGAGACAGACAGCGACGCAGAUGUGGCGGCACAAGAGAGGCAGCGUAGACAGAAACGACGAAGCCCCAGUAGCUCUCCUGCCAAGAGCCCCAGCCAAGCCUCACCCCAAGAGGAGGAGACUUCGGAAAUGAGUGGCUAUGAGAGCGCCCAGGACAUCUGCAUGUACCCUCAAACACAGAGCUGGCCUGUAUCUGAUCUAGAGGGAACGGGGACUCAGCAACAGCACGUAAUGCCUGGGGUGGCACGCAGAGAGGUGGUCUACCAGUCCUCGCAGGCUGAAUGGUCACACCAGGCGGAAAAUUCCUCUGAGAAUUCAGACCAAAGUCCAUCAGGAGCUGCUGAAGUGGACAGUGGCUUCCAGGAGCCUCCCACUGUCCCACCUCCACUUGUUUCUCCAGAGAGGGCAAAAGAGGCUCUCAUGCUUGCAUCUCACAGACAGAUGGUACCCAUGGUCGGUCCUGUGGACAACCCAGUGGAUGAAGAACUCAGUGUCACGUACAUGGACAAGGCCAAGCAAGCUAAGCUACACAGAGGUGAGAGUUCACAAGAUAAGCAGGUGAAGGAGGCCCGAUCCAAGUGCCGCACCAUUGCGUCACUCUUGACAGAUGCUCCUAACCCUCACUCUAAAGGUGUGCUUAUGUUCAAAAAGCGACGGCAGCGCGCCAAGAAGUACACUCUCACAUGCUUUGGCAGUGUAGACGGAGAAAGCAACAGUAACACAGAGGGAGAAACUGAGGACGAAAGCCUGUUUCCUGGGAGUGAAUCUGAGAUUGAUGAGGAUGGUUUUUCUGCUGCACCAGACCCUACCUGGGAUAGCGGUUACCUGGACGUUCUAGACAGGAGAACUUCUGCCUGUAUUGUGCCUGACAGAGAAGCAGAGAUAAGCCCAGGCCUAAACGCCACUUCAGGAAAAGGAGCCCAGCUUUUUGAACAACAGAGGAAAAGAGCAGAAAAACAUAUGUUAAACCUGGGUACACCCACUGCCUUCUCCAUGCCACAGCAUCAGGGAGACUCAACCCUAACGUAUACCCCAGUUACUCCUGUCACACCCCUAUUUUCUCAUAGUACCAGUAUGGUGAAUGGGGAACCUUUGGUGGUGAGCAGGACAAGUGUUGUGUUGUCAUCGCCAGUCCAGACACCCAUGCCAUCAAUGGCAGGAGUAUUACAAGAGCAAGCAGACUCAUCGGCUGCCAACUCAGUGCACAACAGAACUGCCAGGCCAUUUGCCCCUGGCUGUGUGAGCCAUCGAGCAGCAACUGCUCCAGUAGUCUUCAGACCCUGCUCUGCCAAAAAGGCUGGAUCACUGGCUCAAGCUGUGUCUGUGGCAACUAUGCCAACUCCCUUGUCUCCUGCUGGCUCGGAGGGGAAGAAAGCCAUCUCUACGACAUCACUGUAUAUCCCUGCCAGACCGGCCACCUACAAUGGUCCUUCCUCUGUGCUAUCUCCAUCCUCAAUCAUUUCAAAUCCAUUUUCUCCUCCCCCUGCAAACGCUCCACUCUACUCCCCAACUUAUUCCAGCACCUCUGCCCCUUUUUCUCCAACAUCUUCUCAUGUAACAUCUUUGAGAUCACCUUCUGGUAUAUCUCAGCCUUACUCUCCACCCCAAACACAGGCAAUGCAUCUCAGUCCUCCGUACCACAAGGUUUCUGCUCAAUAUCAGCCACCUCCACUGGUUCAUGUGCCAGCACAGCCUUUCUCUCCCCCAUCCACAAAUGUCCCAGGUAUUCCCAAUGCCCCUGCCCCUGCCCAUGCCUAUGCUCCUGCAGCACCAAAUGUGCAAUCUUCCCCAGCCCACAAAGUCUCCUUUAACCCAUACAUCUCUGUGGCAUCCACUACACCGGAAACACCAAAUGCACCAGUUGCCCAGCAAUAUCCUCUCUUCUCCAACUCCACAGAUGGGAUGACUUCUCGAGAGCAGCGGGUCUCAGCCCCCGUUGGUCGCACUGGCAUCCUGCAGGAGGCUUGUCGUCGUGGCACCAAGAAACCAAUGUUCAAUGCUCAAGAGGAGAAGAAGGCUCCAUCUUAUAACCCUGAACUACUGUCUCUAGUGCAGAACUUGGAUGACAGGUCCCGUUCGGGUGUAGAGGCUGGGUUUGAGUCUGGCCCUGAGGAGGAUUUCCUCAACCUGGGUGCAGAGGCUUGUAAUUUCAUGCAGGCACAGAGAUACAAGAUGCCACCACCAGUGGCUCCUAAACCAGCUCAUUCAGCUCCUGAGAUGCCCCAGAUGCAAGGUAAAGGUGCAGAGCUGUUUGCACGCAGACAAAGUCGCAUGGACCGAUAUGUGGUGGAUAAACAGCCCAAAUCUCCAGCGCAGCCUCGUGAUCCGUCACCCUCACCCUCCCUCCCAGGUCACUGGAAAUACUCUCCAAACAUCCGAGCCCCACCACCCAUUAAUUAUAAUCCACUGCUGUCACCUUCUUGCCCUCCAGUUGCCCAGCGUGGUACAAAGGCUAAUGAUGCUACUAAAGUUGGGGUUAAAACAGUGCCUGGCCAGCACAAACAGGGUAUAAAGGCUCUAGACUUUGUGAGCAGGCAGCCAUACCAGCUCAACUCCUCUUUAUUCAGUUAUGGAGGUGGAGUCCUUCAAAACACUGCCACUUAUCAGCAGCAGCAGAAUGGUGUUGGUAUGACAGGUAAUUUCCUUAACCCACCGAAGCAGGUCCCUGUUAAAGCAGGCCGUGUGUAUGAAAUCAAACGUUUCUCCACGCCUACUCCCAUGUCUGCACCAACAUCCCUGACCCCUACUGUAAUCGCCCCUCGCUCUGCCACAACUCUCGGUGAGCCAAUGUGGCGCAGUGAUGUCACUUCCCCACCUCCCAUUGCUCCACGACCUGCGGCACCAUUCUCGCCACCUCCUCCUGCUCCGACAGCAGCCCUGCCUGCUCUCCCCAAAAUAUCCACUGCCCCCGUGCCCAAUUCAGUGCCCAUCCCACAACCCACUCCUGGGCAAGCCUACACCCAAUUCCAGGCAGCCAAGCAGUUUAAGAGCGCCCCUGAGCUGAGUCCCCUGUCUGCUGGUGUGCGAUCCUCAGGGUCCGGGAGUAGCCAGAACCUGCGGGUACCCAGACCCCGCUUCAGUACAUCGAGCAUGGGUCUGCAACCAAACGUGUGGAGGCCUGGCUCAAUACUUUACUGAGAAUCCACUGUGACACUAAUUAUCACCCUGGGCAAGAGCAAGCUCUGUUCUGCUAAAUGAACCGUUCGACAUCAGUUAUA